AUGCAGCUUCCCCCGCUCGCUGUUAUGGCAUCCUGGCCGACGCCAAACUAUACCGAUCCUACCACUCGCGGUCAUGGAGUCCUCAUCGUGAAUAUCAUCUGCAUAGGCUUGGCAUUCUUGGUGGUCAUGCUCCGUCUAUAUACCCGUCUUCGAAUUACGUGCAGCGCCGGCAUUGACGACAUUCUCAUCGUCAUUGGCCUCGUGUUCGCCAUUGCAAUGGUGGUGAUAACUUCGGUUGCUACUGAGAACUGGGGCUGGAAUCGACAUAUCUGGGAUGUUCCGACGGCCUGGCUCUCAAUCGUCCAGAAGAUGAAUCUCGUGUUUCAGAUUAUGUUCUCAUGGUCUUCCUCCAUUACCAAGAUUUCCCUAUUAUGGUUCUGCCGCCGACUUCUUGGGGCUGGAAAGGGCAACUUCGUGGUAUUUAAUUGGGCAUUUAUCGGCUCUAUGAUCUUCGUCGGGCUCUCUUGCCUGCUGUUUACAUUUAUCAGUAUCUUCCAGUGCUCGCCAGUCAAGGCAUACUGGGAUGUGGAACCAACAUACCCGAAUAAAUGUAUGGACAACGGAGCCAUUGUCUUCUCUGCGAGCGUGAUCAAUAUCUUCACCGACUUCAUGGUGACUGCACUGCCUAUGCCACUUAUUUGGAGCCUCAAGCUUCCUGCCCGACAGCGCCUUGCCGUCAUUUCGAUCUUUGCCCUGGGAAUUGUUGUCAACGUGGCUGGUUCCGUCCGAACCGUGUAUGUUUGGAAGAGUAUGGUAGUUGGGUACGACACGACAUGGGUGGGAUGGCCAGUACUUAUCGCCGCUUCGGUGGAAAUCAACCUCGGAUUGAUUUGCUCUUCAGCCCCAGCCCUCCGCCCCUUGAUCGCAACCUUCCUUCCCCGUCUCCUCAACUCCACCCAAAACAUCAGUUACAACAAACGCAGCCACGGGCAGAAGCUCUGGUCCUCCACCGGUCGAUCACGCACCUCCCACAUGCCCGCCAAUGAUGCCCGCCACGGUGGCUACGAAAGCGACCGCUUUGAGAUCAUGCGCACCGUGGAAAUGGAGAGUUGGACCGAAUCGCGACUCGCACACCAUGAUGAAAUUAAUCCGGCCUAUGGUGUUUCAACAAAUACUCGCGCCAUCUCGCCUGAAAGCAUUGAAAUGAAGCAGGGUGGCACGGUCUUCUCGUCCGCUGCGAGUGGAAAAUCAUCGAGCUCCCUACGACGAGAAGAUCCGCACUUCCCAGGCCGCUACUAA